AGAUUACUGAAAGAAUGCAAUCACCGAUCGGCAAACUUUCAGAGCAGCUAUCAUUCAUUAACUCACGGAGAUAGAAAUGGACAAAGAAUUUACUGUCAAACACGUCUCACAAAACGGGAGUAACAGUAAAAAAAAUACAUGCAUCAACACAAACAAGUUCAUAACAAAAAUAAUUAAGUGAUAGUGAACACACAAACUUCUGACGUCACAGCCGCUGUGUUUAUCACGUAGUACACAACACCGCCACAUGCAAGGUACUUACAAGCUUUAGUUGUGACCACAUUCCGAUUGUAACAAGUCAACAGGGAGUUAAUUUAGUAAUUUGAGAAAAUAUCUAACCUGAAAGAACUUCAACUUGUCUUAUUUGUUAGCAUGAGGGAAGUGACUAUAAUCAAAUAUUCUUAUAAAUAUAUGAAAAUAUCAAGACUACAGUAAAACUGGAUGAUCAUAUUUUCUCAAAGUUGGAAAUGAUUUGUUCAAGUACAGAGUCCUGCCACACAACAUUAGAAUAAAUAUGAACAUCAAUAAGUCAAAUAAUUGCCUGUUGUUGUUCCCACAGCCAACCCAGUACAUAUUUGACUGGUGGUGGCCAGACCGAAUGAAAUUCCUGAUAAUUUUAUUGCUAAUCCUCUCUGUGAAGUUACCAUGUGCCAACGGGGAGCACCUGCUGUACAAGUUAAAAGGAACUGUUGGAGGCAAAAACCUCACAUACCACCACAUGAAAUGGUCGGGGCGGAUCCGAGUGUUGCUUGUCUCUCUGGCAGGGGAUACUGACCUGUAUGUUUCAGACAAAACAACCAAGCCAAACCCUGACAACUUUGAGCUCUACUCAGCCACUUGUGGUCAAGAAUCAGUGGACAUACCAGCACGAUUCAAACGGCCAGUCAGCAUCGGAGUAUUUGGUUAUCCUUUGAUGGAAAAGUCUCACUAUGAACUGACCUUUAUUCAUUUAACUGACAACGAUGAGCCAGAUGAAUAUGAGAGAAUGGCUGCUAAGGAACGCUAUGUUCCUCCUGAGUAUGAACCAGAGGACUUCAACCCGAAUCCUUCGCGGUCAGAAGAUUCACAGCCAAAAACUCAAAAAAUCAGAGACACACAACAUGACAAUGAUGGUUAUGAAAGAUGGGAAAAGGAGGAAGAAGAUGUAGAGUCCUUCAUCUGGGCUCUCUUUAUUUAUGUUCUCAAAUUUAUUUUCGAUAUUUUGUUAUAACACCAACUGUGAGACAGGUAGCAAACAAUGCAAGAAGUUGUGCAGAUAAAAACAAGGAAAAAAAUAAAGUAAAAGAUAUGCUACUGUAACAGCAAAAUUUAUUUGGUUCUAUUGAAAAAUAAAUGGCAGAAGGGAAAAAGAACAACUAUGAAGUGGGGGGUGGAAGCAUGGAAAGAAAGAAAACAGAAAAAUCUAUUGAAUUCACAAUGUAUUUAUAGAGCUGGUUAUUCAAAACAUAAUGGUGAUGGAGGUAUUUAUGCAGAAGUAGUUAUGAUGACAAAAAUAUGUGUGUUGGUCUUUCAAUGCAUGUGAGACAUGGCUUUUGGAAAUAUCAUGUGACAGUACUGUAUUGUUUCAACAACAAACAUAGUUUUUUUUUUCUUGGUUGUCUCUCUCACUGUCAGUGUUGAUGGUCAGUCUAACAUAAGACAUGACAACAUCUCACCUGUUAGUUUUGUCAUUAGACAAGCAGAAGUAUCUGUUAUUUUGGCCAGUAGGUAGGCUUAUGACAUCAUUGGUCAGUUUGGUCAUCAAACAGAAUGUCAUUGCUUGCUUAAGCCAUCAGAUAACAUUACUGUCCAGUACAACCAUCAGACAUGAUGCUGUACUUCCAAAACUGUAGAUAUAAAAACAGAUAAUGUUUUAAUUAUAUAACUGUAACCAGCAGGCAUGGCUGUGCUUAAAAAAUUUGCUUUGCAACCAUGUACUUCUGGGUCUGUUCCCACUGCAUGACACCUUGGACAAGUGCCUCCUACCAUGGUCUUGGGUUGACUAAUAACCUCUUUGUGGAAUUUGGUAGAUGGAGACUGUGUGGAAGUCCUCCAUUUGUGUGUGUGUAUAUGUAUGUGUAUAUGUGUGAGUAUGUUUAUGCAAGUAUAUUUUAUGCCAAUGUGUAUCAGUGAAAAAAAAAUUUGAAAUAUUUGUUUUGCAUUGAGUUACAAAAUCUCCCUUGUUACUUGUCAGCAGAAAUACAAUGAACCAAACAUUUCGAUCGUUGUUGUUCAGUAAUACAAUAUAAAAUAAAAUAAAAUAAGCUAUUUUGUAGCUCCUACUGUUGGUCAGUGAAUAUAGCUUUUGGUUGGAGGGAAUUGUCACAGGCCAAGAAACCGUCACUGCCAGCUGUUUUACACACACACACACACACUUGCACAUAUAUACACACACAUGUACAUUUGCAUAGACAUAUAUGUUGUGAGUACUACAUACAGACACAGAUAAAAUAAGUCUUAAAUGAUAUACAGAUACAGUUCCUACACAGAAAUACAUUCAUUUUUUACUUACUCAUAGCAAUAACUAAUUAUAUGCUGUGUUGAAAGUUGUCUUUCAUUUUUAUCAAAAAUAAUAUUACGCUUUUUAACAACUUCUAA